UUCCAUGUGCGGUAACACUGUCUACUGCAUUUGUGUUUAAUUCGUUUUAAAAAUAUAAAUACAAAAUGGAACCAAUAUCGCAAUUAGUAAAAUCUACUUUACCUAACUAUUUGUCCAAUUUGCCGAUUCCCGACACCUUUGGUGGCUGGUUUAAGUUAUCAUUCAAGGAUUGGCUGGCGCUUGUGCCACCCACCGCUGUUGUUGCCGGCAUCGGCUACGCCGGUUAUCUGGCCUUCUGUCCAGCUGCACAGCGCAGAUGCAGCCCGAAGAGCGGACGGUGCAAUGAGACGAUUCGCAAGCAUGAGGCUAAAGUGGUGGAUAUGAUUGAUGUGGAGGAUAUUGCAGAGAAGGCGGCAUUCUGUCGUUGCUGGAAGACCAAGAACUGGCCCUAUUGUGAUGGCAGCCAUGGCGAGCACAAUAAACAAACCGGCGACAACGUUGGUCCCGUUGUGGUCAAGAAGAAGUAAUCAUCAGGAGGCAUCUUGGACGUUCUUUCCAUUGAUGAUUUUGCCGUUUUCUGUAGCAUUUCCUUGUUGAAAUUUUCGUAGAGCUUUUCUACAUUUUGCCACUUUAUUAAAAACGCAACCAGUUCUGAUUGCAAAAUUGUGUAAAAUUCUUCAGAUUAGUCAACCGACGAUAUUCGUAAUAUAAGCAAAACAAAUUGAGCCGAUAAAAAAUGAAGCCAAUAAAAACAUAGUGUCUGUAUUGAAUUCACAGAAUGAAAAACAAACAAGUUUAUAGACUUAUUUUACUUGAGUAGAAAACGCAUAUUUAUUUUAUUCAUUGUGUGGCAUAAAUUAUUAAUCCUGGCUGAUGACAAUCAAUAAUUUCCAUGUUGAAACGCAAAGUGACAAAAACAAUUCUCGUUUGAAAUACAAAAAUGCAGAAGGCAAAUUGUGGUGUUUGCUGAGCAAAACCAGGACAUAUAUAUUUGUAUUCUUAAGCACACGAUGUCCCCGAUGUCUCCUCGUUCUCUGUAUCAUCUCUCCAUCUCCAUGUUCUCUCUGUCUCUCUCGUUAUUACUAAUCAGUUGGAACUUAGCUAUAAGGGGCGCAUCGUGCUUGCUUUAUUUUUAAUUUUUGCUGCAUAUUGUGAAUCUCAAAAAAUUGUGUUGUGUGUGUUGCAUUUUAUUUGAAAAUCUUGCCCUGGUUGAACUUGCGACCUUCCUUAUCGGCGCCGGCCCACGAGAAGUAUUGUGUUACCAGCUUCUUGGUCUCCUCGCUCUUGGCAUCCAGUUUCUUCCAGUCGUACACCUCAUAAUCGAUCUGCCAAUCGGGCGACAGAGUGAAGGCGAGCUCCUGUCCACGCCACACCCAAAUGCCAGAGAUGGUGCUGUUGUUGUCCUCGCCGAAAAGGCAGACGGAGGCGAAUGCCUGUUUGCGCAUCUUGUCCAGACGCUGGAACAUGCCGGUAAUCAGAUUGCACGACAUGAACACCUUGGACAGUUCAUCGUUGUAUUUGUAUUCGCCCAACCAGAUCGAAUAGUUCUCGGCAUCGAAUUUCUCAAAGAAGUAAGGAAUGGACUUGGCCUCUUCCUCGUUGGAAUAGACGCGCUUGAAGUCAUCGAAAUUGAAGGUGCCCUUAGGCAGGGAAUCGAAGGGAUCCUUGGACUUGGGCUCCAGAGCCAAAGCCUCAUCGGCAGCAUCCAGCUCCUCGGCGGGUUCCUUCUCCUUCUUGGGUGCCGGCUCCUUCUUCUCCUUGGGCUUCUUCUCCUCCUUGGGCUUAGCGGGCUGUGCGGCAGCGCCAGUCUUGUUCUUGGCCUGGAAUUCAGCAUACUUCUUGGGAUCAAAGACUAAUGCCUUCUCGCACAGUUUGUAAUCCUUGAGCACAGCCUGCACCUGUGGCUGGUUAAGGAUGGUGAGGAACCAACGAGUCAGGCUGGGAUAAGCGCUACGUACGCUUGGUUCCAGCACGCUCUCGAACAGAUGCAACAGGCUGCUGAACACAACAAUGUCGGCCAGUGUGAUGCGCUCACCGGCCAAAUAGGUGGCAUCGAUCAGCUUCUUGUUCAGCUGCUGCAGCACCAAUUCGGCAUCCUGCUUGGCCGUGGAGUUCUUCUGCUGUGGCAGAAUGCCGAGCAGUGGGAACACCCAGGCACAGGAGACGGGCACGAUUUCGUUGUCAGCAAACGAGAUCCAUUGCUGGACUUGAGCCUGGACAAAGGGGCACUUGCCACCGCGCAGCUG